AUGUCUUGCUUCGACUACAACUCCUCUUCCGCUUCCGAAUCGGAUACCUCUUCAACCGGGCUCUCAAACGAAGAUUUCCGCUACCCGCACAUCGGCACCGGUACGGCACAAACUCACAGCAAGACACGUGCAAGCAAGAAGAGAACCUGGUCCGAAACAGAAACAGACGACGAAAGCGACCUCCCCGGCGUCCCGGACUACCGGGUGAGCAACUCCUACAGUCGCUUCUCUUACGAUUCGGAUGCGGAUUCUUUGAAUUCGGACGAGUCCGAGGGCAACCGGGAAACCAAACGAAGAAGGGCCAGCGACGGUCAAUUAGUAGGCCCACUUGCUGGAAGCGUCAGAGACAUGGACUUCGUGAAGCGUCCUACGUCAGCAUCAGCGCCGAAGCCAACCACCGCAAUAAGAAACAUACUUGUUGGAAACCCUACAAGCGCCAACACCCGCGCUUCCCAGAACCACUUGGCUUGGGGUUACGAAUACCUGGGCUUUUCCCAGCUCGUAGGACGAUAA